AUGCAUAAUUACACAAUUUGGAUUUUUCAUGGUGAAAAAGUGGAUCAAGUUCCAAUUUCAAGUCCUUCCGAACCUAUGAUAGAAGAUGAGAUUUUAUCAUAUACAGAUAUGCUGCAGUUGGUGCAUGACGCAUAUGGUCAUAGAGAUGAUGAACCAAACAUAAGCGAGAACGUUGACCAAAGCACUCAUGGCCUAAAUAAAGAAGCCCAAGACUUUUAUACGCUUCUCAAUGAUGCUGACACAGAGUUAUGGCCCGGAUGUGAAUUAACCAAGUUGUCAUUUUUAGUACUUCUUUUUCAUAUUAAGAGUAUUAACAAAUGGACUAAUAAGUCUUUUGAUCACCUACUAGGAUUUUUUCAACUUGCAAUUCCUAAUAGUGCAAAUUUACCCAAGUCAUUUGCAGAGGCUAUAAAGGUCACUCAGAAGUUAGGCCUUGGCUAUGUUAAAAUACAUUCAUGCCCAAAUCACUGUCAGCUUUAUUGGAAGGAUAAGGCCAAUGAUGAUAAUUGCUCAGUUUGUGGUGCUUCUAGGUGGAAAAGAGUAAGUGAGCAGACUACUUCAACAGGACGAAAGAAGAAAAAAGGAACUCCCGCGAAAGUAUUACGCUAUUUUCCUUUAAAGCCUAGACUUAAGAGAUUGUUUAUGUCGAAGCGCACUGCCUCCUUGAUGAGGUGGCAUGCUGAUGAACGUAUAGAGAACAAAGAGGUUUUAGGGCAUCCGGCUGAUUCAGAAGCUUGGAAGAACUUUGAUAGUAGGUAUCCUGAAUUUGGUAAAGAUAGUCGCAAUGUUAGGCUUGGACUUGCUAGUGAUGGUUUCAAUCCCUUUGGGAUGAUGAGCUCUACUCAUAGUUGUUGGCCUAUAGUUUUGGUGCCGUAUAAUUUGCCCCCAUGGUUAUAUUUAAAAAAGUCAUCUCUUAUCCUUUCAACACUAAUUCCCGGUCCAACUAGUCUUGGAAACAAAAUUGAUGUAUAUAUGCAGCCCCUUAUUGAUGAGUUGCUCGAGCUUUGGAAUAUUGGGAGUGAGACUUAUGAUGCUUUUAAGGAUGAAAAUUUCAAUAUGAGUGUUGGGCUAUUAUGGACAAUCAGCGACUUUCCAGCUUAUGGAAUGCUCUCCGGAUGGAGUGUACAUGGGGAAAAGGCAUGUCCUUGUUGCAACAUUGACACAGCUUCCAAGUGGCUAACAAAUGGUCACAAGUAUUGUUUUUGGGCUCAUCGUCGUUGGUUAGAUUUCGACCAUGCAUUUCGACUGAAUAAGGAAGCUUUUAAUGGAGAGGAAGAAUUAAGAGCAGCACCCAUGGAUCGAACAGGGACAGAUGAGUUGCACCAAAUAGAGGAGAUUUCAGAAUUCUCUAGUUCGAACACUUGGAAGAAAAAGAAAGGAAAGUCUAAAGAUAAUCUGAAAGCUCGCCUUGAUUUGAAAGAAUUAGGAAUACGGAAGGAACUUCACCUAGAGAAGAAAAAUUCAAAUAAGUGGUAUUUGCCACCUGCUGCAUACACAAUGUCUAGAAAUGAAAAGCAAGUUUUCUGUAGAACGCUUCAUGGAAUUAAAGUUCCAAAUGGUUAUCCUGGAAACAUUUCUCGAUGUGUAAAUCUUCAACAAGCCAAAGAAGUAUGUAGUAAGAAUGUACGUGUGGAUGACCUUAAACAACUUGAGAAACAAAUACCUGUCAUCAUGUGCCACCUCGAGAAGAUAUUUCCACCUAGUUUCUUUACUGUGAUGGCGCAUUUAGUUGUUCAUCUAGAAACCCAAACAAAGCUUGUAGGACCAGUGAUGUUUAGGUGGAUGUAUUUUGUUGAAAGAUAUCUUGGCUCAUUAAAGUCCCAUGUGCGUAACAAGGCUCAUCCUGAGGCUUCCAUUGCCGAAGCAAUCUCGGCUUUGGAUUUUGCCAAUUUUUGUUCACGUUACCUUCAAGGAUUCAACUCUAGAUUAAGUAAACUUUUGGGAAUAUAUGACGAUAUUGCACAAGUAGAUUCUUCAGUUAUUCCAGGAGAGUUUUCAUUCUUCUCACAAGUUGGAAAGCCUACUGGGAAGCGUUUUCUGAGAGAAGAAAUACGCAUGCUCGCAAGAGGUCCACUUGAUGUUGUCACAAAAUACCAAGGAUACAAUGUCAAUGGUUUUACUUAUAGAGCCAAACGCUAUGACAAGUGUACUCAAAAUAGUGGUGUCGUUGUAAUUGCAAAGACAUCAAGCUAUGCGAGUGCAAAUGAUAGGAAUCCAAUUUUGGGAGAUGUUGCAUACUAUGGGAAAAUAGGCAGUAAAAAAGGCCAGGACAACUCUGGUUAUACACUUGUCAAUACCUCUCGCUUGACACAAACGGGGAAAAGAUUAGAAGAUGAGCCGUAUAUUUUUGCAACACAAGCGGAACAAGUAUUCUACAUACAAGAUCAUGUUAAUGCGGAUUGGUCAGUUGCUAUAAAUAUGAAGCCCAAGGAUGUGUAUAACUUAGGUGAAGAUGAUAUGCAGGAAGAUUGUGAGACAAAUCCAUACCAUGUUUCUUUUUGA